AUGGAAAAUAGAUUGCUAUCAAUUCCUAAUGAAGAAGUCAUUCCAGGCACUUCUAAACUGUGUAAUUACCACAUAAUUGGCGAUGAUGCCUUUCCUUUGCAAAAGGAUCUCAUGAAACCAUUGCCAUACAAAUCAGAUGACAGAGCCAAAAGAAUUUACAACUAUAGAUUGAGCCGAGCAAGAAGAGUGGUGGAAAAUGCUUUUGGUAUAAUGUCGAAUAGAUUUAAAUUUCUUCUAAGUAAGGCAUAUCUUCAACCAGAAGAUACACAGAAUGCUGUCCUAGCAACUACCUGUCUUCACAACUUUCUGAUAAGGAAUUAAGGCAAUAACUAUCUUACUAAUUACUGUAUGCAGUAGAUAAUGAAGAUUUUAACCAUCAAGUAAUCCUUGGUGCAUGGAGAACAGACCAACAACUGACUGGCUUACAGCCAACUAGAAACAGAAAUUCAGCUUGUAGUGCCAAAUCACAAAGAGAUGCAUUGAAAGAAUACUUCAGUUCUGCUUUAGGUGCAGUGCCAUGGCAAAAUGAAAUGAAAUGA